AUAUAUUUAUAGUUUUGGCACCACAUCGAUUUUUUUCAUACAACCCUUGAAUUUGCCAUCAAGUGGUCUAAUUGGCCCUGACUCAUUUCUACAUUUCUACAAUAAGCUCAAAAACUCAUUUUAUUAUUCGUUGCAGUUCAUCGAGGUCUCAAAAACUAAAUGGCUCACAAUUCAACACUGCAGCGCAAAACGAAGCUAACCCGCUUGGAGAAUCCUUUGGUGGCCCCAACGUAUCAACAGCAGGGAAACGGCUGUGGACUGGCCAAGGAGAAAGUUCCGAAAAUGAAUGCCAAACGGUUCACCAGACCAUCCAAGACCCAGGCGGCAGAGCCAGCACCCAAGGAUACCAUUCACGAUAAUGCGAAAAUAUGCAACCACUUUGAUCUAUGCCGGGCUUCCAAGAAUCCGAUCAGAGCUGCUGGAGGAGGAAAUACUCAAGUGGUUUCAAAAUACCAGAGCGCGGUUAGUGUGAGCAACCAACCUGUUCGAUCAACAGUCCCCAGAGCCACUCAUCCAAAACUGGCUCCCAAGGAGGUCAGGGAAGCAAGGGAACUCAUCUUCAAGGAUCUUAAAGAGGCGCGAGCUGCCAAGGAACCAAAGGAUUUUAGGCAUGUUAAAGAGACCAAAGACCAGCAGGAUCCCAAGGAACCCAAGGAGCCCAAGGUGCCCAAGGAACCCAAGGAUCUGAAGGCAAGUGGAGCCCGCCAGAACAUCAAUCGCACCAAGAACUACUUCGACAAGUACCUGAAGUUCGCCUUUGAUCUGAGCACUCCCGAUGGUAUCCAGAAACUGGAGGACCACUUUUUUCCGAACCAGGACCCCACUGCCCCUGGCGUCUCAAACUCUAACAGGGAAAAGUAAAUAUUUUCGGAUUUUCCGAAUGCAAAAACUAUUGUGAUCUUGAAGGAUUCAUGCCCAAAUUUGAAGUACUUUUAUUAGUUAACAUUAAAUUGCAGCGGUUGAAUUAUUUGAAAUUCUUGUGAUAACCAAAUGAUACAUUGUUAAAUAAAUAACUCGGUCGAUUUCUCUUUAUACUUU